AUGAGGCUGCUUCUACGCCCAAACCUCUCUUCAUAUGUUUGCUCGUCCUGUCGACGAGGCCUUCUCCAGAAGAAGAGGUUUGCCUCUACUUCUACUACACCCCAAGUCCCGGAAAUCUAUGACAUCGUCUGCGUUGGAGGCGGGCCGGCCGGGCUCGCCCUCUUAGCAGCUUUGAGAUCCUCCCCUCUCACCUCGAAGCUCAAAGUCGCGCUCGUCGAAAGCCAAGAUGUCAGCAAAGCAAAAGAUUGGAAGCUCGGUUCUGGUCAGUUCUCCAACCGCGUGAGUAGUUUGACGCCUUCGUCGGUGUCAUUUCUUCAGAAUAUCGGAGCGUGGGAGCAUGUCGACACCUCCCGCGUACAGCCGUACCAGGAGAUGGAGGUGUGGGACGGAGUGACCGGGUCGCGGAUCUCAUUCGAUUGGUCGUCGAAUUUGCUUCCGGGCGGUGCUUCUCAGACGAUUGCGACGAUGACGGAAAAUGCAAACUUGGUUAGGGGUUUACUUUCGCGGAUUGAGUCGCUGGGUGGGGAGGGCUUGUCUAUCUUUUCAUCGACGACUGUUGCUUCGAUUGAGAACGGGGUGGAUCAUGCAGAUGGCCCUGAUCUGUCCGCGUGGCCGGUGCUUUCGCUCUCGCCAACUUCCGCGAAUGACAAACAGGCUGAGCUGCCGAAGAUUGCUGCUGCACGGUUGUUGGUUGGGGCGGACGGUAUUAAUAGCCCUGUUCGAUCGUUCGCCGGUAUAUCUACGGAUGGUUGGGACUACAAUCGGUACGGUGUUGUGGCUACUCUGGAGCUAUCCGCUUCCGCCUCUUCUGCUCCAAGACCAGUUACAGCUUAUCAGCGAUUUCUCCCCGGUAUUGGUGGUCCAAUUGCUCUGCUCCCGCUUCCUGGCGACUUCGCUACGCUGGUCUGGUCAACCACGAUUCAAAAUGCGGCAUACCUAAAAUCUCUCACUCCAGAGGCGUUCACGUCAAUGGUGAACGCUGCGUUCCGGCUGUCGAUGACGGACUUGAAAUACAUGCUCACACUUAAGUCCUCAUCGUCAGAUACAUCAAAUCAACACGGCGAAGAACUAUCCUGGCGCCUAAACCACACCCCAACUGCAUCUUUUGUUCCUCCUAUGGUGGGUGGUGUUCAUCCGCGAACCAUCGCUUCAUUCCCACUCCGACACCGCCACGCAUCCACAUAUAUCUCACCACGAAUCGCCCUCGUCGGAGACGCUGCACACGUUAUUCAUCCUCUCGGUGGACUGGGGCUGAACCUAGGCAUUGCCGAUGUUGCUUCUCUGCAUAGCACGAUUGAAUAUGCCAUGCAACACGGCAUGGAUAUCGGUGACCUGCUAAGUCUGGAGCGGUAUGCUGCAGACCGAUGGAUUCCCAAUGCGAAGAUCGGCGCUGGGUGCGAUUUUCUUCAUAAGCUGUAUAAUGUUCCUGGGAACGGACCCGUGGCGUGGGCCAGGGGAUUCGGCCUGGAUACGGUGAACCAAAUACCUCUCGUGAAGGACUUCUUGAUGAAACUGGCAUCUGGCGCCUGAGGUACGCUUGUAUGUGUGUGGUUUGUAUGUGCAUUCCAUGUAUCCUCUUCGAUAUAUGUAUUAUAUUACCUAGCCUAUAUGGCACAAACA